CUCGCUCGGCGGCUGCGGAGCUUGCGGGACUUGGGCGGCGGCGCCUCGGGCUCCUGGCGCGGGCACCUCUAGGCAGAAACCAUGAGGCGAGUGGUACGGCAGAGCAAGUUCAGGCACGUAUUUGGCCAGGCUGUGAAAAAUGACCAGUGCUACGAUGACAUCCGGGUUUCCCGAGUCACCUGGGAUAGCUCCUUUUGUGCGGUCAACCCCCGAUUUGUUGCCAUCAUCGUAGAAGCCAGCGGAGGCGGGGCGUUCCUCGUGCUGCCCUUGCACAAGACUGGUAGAAUCGACAAAUCCUACCCUACAGUAUGUGGCCACACAGGACCCGUGCUCGACAUCGACUGGUGUCCACACAACGACCAGGUCAUUGCCAGUGGUUCAGAGGAUUGCACAGUGAUGGUCUGGCAGAUCCCAGAAAACGGACUCACUCUUUCCCUGACUGAACCCGUGGUGAUUUUGGAAGGCCAUUCCAAGAGAGUGGGCAUAGUGGCGUGGCAUCCGACUGCACGCAACGUUCUGCUCAGCGCAGGUUGUGAUAAUGCCAUCAUCAUCUGGAAUGUGGGGACAGGGGAAGCCCUCAUCAACCUGGAUGACAUGCACUCAGACAUGAUCUAUAACGUCAGCUGGAACCGGAACGGCAGUCUGAUCUGUACGGCUUCCAAAGACAAAAAAGUGAGAGUGAUCGACCCCAGGAAGCAGGAGAUCGUGGCUGAGAAAGAAAAGGCACACGAAGGAGCUCGGCCCAUGAGAGCCAUCUUUUUGGCAGACGGCAACGUCUUCACCACUGGCUUCAGCCGCAUGAGUGAGCGGCAGCUCGCCCUCUGGAAUCUGAAAAACAUGCAAGAACCUAUCGCCCUUCAUGAAAUGGACACCAGCAAUGGCGUGUUACUGCCCUUCUAUGACCCUGACACCAGCAUCAUCUACUUGUGUGGGAAGGGUGACAGCAGCAUCCGCUAUUUUGAGAUCACGGAUGAAUCCCCCUAUGUCCACUACCUCAACACUUUCAGCAGCAAAGAGCCUCAGAGGGGAAUGGGGUACAUGCCCAAGAGAGGGCUCGACGUCAACAAAUGUGAGAUUGCCAGAUUCUUCAAACUUCAUGAGAGAAAGUGUGAGCCCAUUAUCAUGACUGUUCCAAGGAAGUCCGACCUUUUCCAGGAUGACCUGUAUCCAGACACAGCAGGACCCGAGGCCUCGCUGGAGGCAGAGGAAUGGUUUGAGGGCAAGAAUGCCGACCCGCUCCUCAUUUCCCUGAAACACGGCUACGUUCCCGGAAAGAACCGUGACCUCAAGGUGGUCAAGAAGAACCUGCUGGACAACAAGCACUCAGUCAACAAGAAAGGCGGCCUGAUGGGCCCCCCCAAGGGAGUGGCUGAUGGCGUUGGCACCGUGCAAAAUGAAGCCAAGUUGGACGAGAUCCUAAAAGAGAUCAAGUCCAUCAAAGACACGAUCUGCAAUCAAGAUGAGCGCAUUUCCAAGUUGGAGCAGCAGAUGGCAAAGAUAGCCGCAUGAAGGCACAGGAGCUGGGAAAGUGGGAGGGAGGCAGGAGGCGCUGGGGGAGACCACCAGCCAUCGGCCACGUUCCCACGGCUGGUGCGUGAGUGAGCCGCCAUUUAAAAAGUGGAGCUUUUUAUCAAAAGCCUUUCUGAUGUUUUAAGUGUUCCGUGACUGUUUGUUGAACUUUAAAGAAACAAAAAAAAAAGUGCUACUUUUAAAGUUCCAGAUAUUCUGAAUUUUGGAAACCAAACCAUUCAGAUUCAGUGUUGUGCCCAGGCCUCUUUUUAUCAUUAUUGUUGUUGUUGUUGCAGAAUAGGGACCAAUGGAUGCCACGUCGCUCUUUAGAGUUUGUUUUUUUAAACUUGCCAAAACCAAAAGGAGCUUUUUUUCCCCUCUGUAUUUUGCUACUUUGCAGUAUUUGUGUGUGUGUAUUUUUCCUUAAUUUGAAAGGGACAGCACUGUGUAUGUUUAUAAAAUGAAGAUAAAAUAUUAUUUUAUAUAAACAUUCAUCUUAGAACAAUCA